AUGUUCUCGAGACAGGCUGUUCGCACCCUCCGAGCGGCGGCUCCCGCUUCGCGCCUCGUUGCCCGCGCCCCGGCCGUCCGCACCUACGCCGCUGCCGCCGCGACCGAGGCCGUCAAGCCCCCCGUCGCCGUCUUUGGCCUCGACGGCACCUACGCCACUGCCCUGACGGCUAACUUUGCCCGAUCACAGUACACCGCCGCCUCCAAGACCUCUUCUCUGGACCCCACGGCCAAGGCCCUGGCCACCCUCGACGCCAUCUUCGCCAAGGACCCCAAGCUGACCACCGUCCUCGCCGCGCCCACCCUGACCCCCGAGGACAAGUCCGCCAUCGUCGCCGAGCUCACCAAGCAGGCCGGCGCCGGCUCCCAGGAGACCGUCAAGAACUUCCUUGCCGCCCUCGCCGAGAACAACCGCCUCGGCCUCCUCCCCGGCAUCACCCAGAAGUUCGCCGAGAUCAUGAGCGCCGCCCGCGGCGAGGUUGAGCUCACUGUCACCAGCGCCACUCAACUCGACAACAAGACCCUCAACCGCCUCGAGAGCUCCAUCGCCAAGUCCUCCUACGUCGGCCAGGGCAAGAAGCUCAAGGUCACCAACAACGUCAACCCCGAUAUCGUCGGAGGCCUCAUUGUCGAGAUUGGCGACCGGACCAUCGACCUCAGCGUCUCUGGCAAGAUUGCCAAGCUCAACAAGCUUCUCACUGACACUUUGUAA